CGGGGGGUGUAGGCGGCGUCGGCGGCGCCCGGGGCCUGAGGAGGCGUCGUCGCCUCGGGCUUCGCCGGGGGAGUGCCUCGGGGCCGGUGCGCCGCCGGCCGCUCCCUCACCGCUGCUGACGGGAACCGGUGGGACCUGCUGCCUGGAAAGUGUAAGGUGCUCAGAAGUUCUCCAGCGCGCGCCUGAGUGUGUUUGUACUUAGGUGGCAGUUUAUAUAAAGGAAGCACUGGGACUUGUGGCCACACCUUUCAAGAACAAAACAAUUUAGAAAAUGGAGCCACCAUGUAUGUUGUGUGAGGAAGAACAAGAGCCAGAACCACAGAAAAGCAUAGAAGAAACCAAACCAGUAGAUGAUGAAGAUGCUGAGCUGAUCUUUGUUGGGGUAGAGCAUGUAAAUGAAGAUGCUGAGCUGAUCUUUGUUGGGAUGACUUCAAAUUCAAAGCCAGUCGUUUCAAACAUAUUGAACAGAGUUACCCCAGGUUCAUGUUCAAGAAGAAAAAAAUACGGUCACUUCAGAAAAGAUAAUGCUAAGAAAUUGCGGCCUGUAAGUCAUGUGACACCUACAUCGGAAGCAGUGACUGUCUUGCCAGUUUCUGACUCUGAAUCAAGAUCAACAGACAGUCCUGUUAUUAUUGAGCCUUUGUCUAAACCUGAUUAUAAAAAUAAUUCACCACAAGUCGUGCCUAAUAGCUCUUUAGAGUUACAUUCUCCUUUGAUCGCAUGCACAAGUUCAUUGCAGCAUCCAGUAGGAACAGCACUUUCUGCAGGAGGUAUGAAUAAAAGUCCUCGAGUAUCAAGGCAGCUUUCCACUUCUGAAACAAGUAGCACAAAUCCCAAAAGGCCUAAACUCAGUGAUGGAAUCAUAGGGGGACAUUCUUUAGCUUUGUCCCCUUCAGGUAUCUUUCAUACAGUGACUACUCAGCAAAGCACAUCCUCAAACAAUGUUCAUGCCUCAUUAAGCCAUGUUCAGAAUGGAGAAGCUUUUCCAAAGGACAGUGACCAUUGUAAGCCUGUAAGUCCUUUUAGGGAAAAUGGACUGCCAAAAACAGACUUUUUGAGCCUAGCAAGUCAAAACAAGAUUGUUGAUCCCACGAAAGGAAAUCUGAUUGUAUUACUUGAUGACUUUUACUACGGACAGCACACUGGAGACGGGCAGCCGGAACAGAAGACUCACACAACCUUUAAAUGCCCCAGCUGCUUGAAAGUUCUAAAAAAUGUCAAGUUUAUGAACCACAUGAAGCACCAUUUAGAACUUGAGAAGCAGAAAGGUGACAGCUGGAAAAACCACACCACCUGCCAGCACUGUCAUCGCCAGUUUCCUACUCCCUUCCAGCUGCAGUGUCACAUUGAGAGUGUCCACACUGCCCAGGAGCCCUCUGUGGUCUGUAAAAUUUGUGAAUUGUCCUUUGAAACAGAUCAGGUUCUCUUACAGCACAUGAAGGACAAUCACAAGCCUGGCGAAAUGCCCUAUGUGUGUCAGGUUUGCAGUUACAGAUCGUCAGCCUUUGUGGAUGUGGAAAUACAUUUCAGAACAUGCCAUGAAAACACUAAGAAUUUGCUUUGCCCUUUUUGUCUCAAAAUUUUCAAAACUGCAACACCAUACAUGUGUCAUUAUAGAGGACACUGGGAAAAGAUUAUUCACCAGUGUUCCAAAUGCCGACUACAGUUUUUAACUUUCAAGGAGAAAAUGGAGCACAAGACCCAGUGUCAUCAAAUGUUUAAGAAACCGAAGCAACUAGAAGGAUUGCCUCCUGAAACAAAAGUUGUCAUUCAAGUGUCACUGGGACCCCUUCAGCCAGGAUCAGUGGAAGUGGCGUCUGUUACUGUGAGCACAUCUGAUUCUGAACCAUCACCCCCCAGAUCUAAAAGUAGAAUUCCAAAAAAGCCCUGUUAAUUCUACUUUCAGUAAAUCUGAAGCAACUAUUGCAACCAUAGAAACAAAAAAUCCAAAACAUAACAUUUUUCAAAAGCAUUAAAUAUGGCGAAACCAAUGGAUCAUUUAUGAAUUUUUUUUAAUUCAUGAAAUACAAUGUUGUUUGAUCUUAA